AUGUUUAACGGAAUUAAUAAUUCAAUGCCUGCCAAUCAACUUUCUAAUUUACCAUUUUCUUUUUUCAAUCAAUCUAUAAAUGGACAAACACCUAAUAGAAAUAAUGAGUUAAAUUUUAAUAUUCCUACAAACAAUCCUACACAACUUUUGGAUAUUAAUAACUCUAAUAAUACAUUAACAAAUGUUCCUAUGGCACAUCUUAAUUUUUUAGGAAAUCUCCAAAAAUUUUAUAUGAAUCAAUCAAAUGAACAUCAAAAUUCAAUUGUUGAAAAUUUUAGAAAACUUAUUUCUGAAAAUAAAUGGGAUCAAACUAUUUUAAAUACUAUUCAAUGUAAUAGUAAUGUACAACCUUUUAAUUUACUUGGAAAUAACUCUAAUUUAAUAUUUAAUAAUUCUUUAUCAACACCAUUUGUUAGCAAUAAUAAUUCUUUUGAUAAUAUUUCUAAAAAUAAAAUUGAAAAUAUAUCAUCUGCUCCAGUUUCACAUAGAAGAGGUCAUCGUUCACGUGGUGGAACAACACAAAAAACUGCCAAAGUUUGGAGAUUUUUUGAUGAAUUAACAUCUUCAGAGGAACAAGCUGCUACCUGUAAAAUUUGUUCUAAAACAAUAAAAGCUACAAAUAGUAGUACAACAGGUAUGAUACGACAUCUUAGAAGUUGCCAUCAUGAUGAAUAUCAAUUACUUCAGGAAGCUCGUUUAACUAGUAUGCUUGAAAAAGUUGGAAAAUUAGAUGACAAAAAUGAGACAAUAAAAAGCAUGUUUGAAGAUCCAUCAACAGCAAUUGUUGAAUUACAAAAACAACAACAAAAUGAUUUAAAAAAGAAUCUUAUUGGUAAUGAUAGCCUUAUAAAAUUAAUUGCAGCAAAAAUAAGUGCUAAAAAUGAACCAGAUAGUAACAAGUUGAUUAAAAAAGAGGAAAAUAAAUUAUCAUCUUUAGUCAAUAAAACAAAUGAAUUAAAUAGUAGUAGUCCAGAUAAUUUGAAACCUGUUGAUGAAAGUUUAGAUUAUACAAUUAAUUCUGUCAAAAAUGUAAACAUUCCUUUAGACCUCAAUCUUUUUCCAGAUUUAUUAAAAGAAGAUAAUGAAAAUAAAAAUUGUUUAAAUCAAAAAAGACAAAGAGGAAAUAGUUUAUUAUAUUUAUCAUCUACCUCUAAUGAUACUGAUGAAGAGUUGUUUCCUGAAAAAAGAAAAUACAACAAAAGGUGUCGCAAAGUUGGAAUUUUUGAUGAAUCAACAAAAUCCUGUUUUUUGGAUAAUCAAAAUAUAACUAAUGCUAUUCUUAUAUGGUGUUCAAUGGAUGAUAUUGAACCAGAAUUGUUGUAUCGUAAAGGAUUUAUUAAUUUUAUUAAAAACAUAAUUCCAAAUUAUGAACUUCCUGAAUUGUCACAAAUGAAAUUACUUCUUAGAAAAGUUAAUGAAAAUGAUUUAUUUUCUUCACAAUUUCAUAGUGCUAAUAAUUUGGCUCAAUUACCAUGUAUUUUUAAUAAAAACAAUAAUAAUAUUGAUAAUUCAAUAAUGCAUUCACCAACAGCAACUGUUACAAGUGUUGGAACAACUUCAUCAACAAUAUCAAAUAAUGGUAUACCUCUAACUGAAAAUUAUGAUAUUCAAUAUGGUAAUCUUAGUGAUAGUUCACCUACAUUUAAUAGUAAUGAUGAAGAUAGUGAAAAAACAUCAUCACCAGAAAUUGUUCAUGAUAAUUUAAAUAAUUCUGUUUUAAUUAAUUCUGUUAGAAAUCAAUAUAUUUCAAAUAAUUUUACACAUUCAAUUGAUUUAAUUAAUGAAAGGGAUCAAGAAAAAGGUGGUACAGAUUCUGAAUCCGUUUCAAGUGUUGAUUCAGAUGUAUCUAAUGAUGAAAGAAUACAUUUAUUUUUAAAAUCAUUAGAUAAUGAUCAAGAUACUACCUCUAAUUUUAAAUUACUUAAAAGUAUUUUAUUAAUAACGGAAUUCGUAAAAAAUAAUAAAGAAGUAAGUUCAUUAAUUACAAAUGAUCAAAAAAAUACCUCAAUAAAUGAAAGCAUACACUCAAAAUAUACAAUGAAAGAAAUAGUUAAGUAUCUCAAUAUUUUACAUUCAAUAACUUUUAUUGUUACACAUUGGGAAAAACUAACUUUAAUUGGUAGAACAAAUUGCCUACCAUUUGAAUUUUCACUUUCAAAUAAAGAAGCAAUUCAUCAGAUAUAUGAACAAAUAAUAGAAUAA